UUUUUCCCCGAAAAGAUUCUUGCUUAGACAUGCUUGGAGAGGGAAAAAGUUGAUCAUGGUGGGAGAAAUUGAAUCCAUUAUGGCAUCUAACAUGAGAAGCAAGAUGAAAGGUGAUACCAUAAGUUCAUCCACGCCUUGCCUCUUCAGGAUUCCCAGCAUACUUCGUAGGCACAAUAAGGAAGCAUACAUCCCCAAUGCAUUUUCCAUCGGGCCUUUUCACCAUGGCGAGAAAGAUCUUGAAGACAAAGAGAAGAUCAAGUUUGACUACUUACAAGGCCUUUUGUACAGAACACGUGAUCCGGAGACAACACUGAUGAAAUGCAUCAGAGAGAUCACAAAUUAUGAAACAAAAGCUCGAGAGUGCUACGCAGAAGAAAUUCGUAUGAGCAAACGGGCAUUCAUUGAAAUGUUGGUGCUUGAUGGCUGCUUCAUUGUUGAACUGUUCAAGAAGGAUGCUGGAGUGGUUCAGAAAGGUGAAAAUGAUCCCAUUUUCUCUAUUUCCUGUAUGCUUCAGUUCUUAUACCAUGACUUGAUUUUGUUAGAAAAUCAAAUACCCUGGUUUGUGCUUGAGCGUCUGUUUAGUUUAACAAGUGGUCCGUCUGAAACCAAGUCCCUACUUCAACUCGCCUUGGAUUUCUUCGACAACAUUUUUUCAUCUGACAAAUCUCCUAUCCAACUAGAUCUCUUUGCCAAUCAAGAAAUCCAGCACAUUCUGUUGAGCUAGCCCUCCCAAGUUGGGUGGCUCAACAAUGUAGGUGCACCAUGAGUGCACGGUGAAUGGCAAAAAACUUGGGAAGUUUGGUUUUGAAGAUGAACAGUGGAUCCCGACACGGACAUUUCCAAUUGUUGAAGAAAUGGGAAAAGCAAAGUGGACUCCUCCAACUUUGGAUAUGCUGACAUGUUAGUCCCUAAUAGGAUAGUGUUUACUAUUCUUGUAUCCAAAAGCUCCCUAUUUUAACUCUUGUUUAAAAUUUAAAAGAGUGCAGAUUGGUUAAGUGCGUGAAAAACAGAGGGAAAGCAGUGCAGAAAAAACAGAGUGAGGUUGAGAGAAAAUCUCCCUUGUUGGUGUUAGAAACUUGAGAGAUUCGGAUUGUGAUCCGAAAAUUGUAAUCCAUUUUCAGUAGUGGAUUGAUUUUUCAUCUGGGUAAGUGCCCCGUGGUUUUUC